GUCAAGUCGAGAACUACAGGCACAGUCUAUAUGACUGCUGUCACUGUCGAGGCGUUUUAUAACUUACAAGAAAUAAUCAACGGCUACCAUGAGUCUGGCAGUUAUAACAAUUACCAAUGACAUUACUUGCCGUAAAUAACCAGGCUGAGGAAAUCGCUGUCAAGACUGCUGUUUAUGAUCCUGCACACUAUGGCACGCCAUAGCAAGCUCCAGAAACAGGUCUUAUCCCUGUACAGGCAGUUUCUGCGCGCCGCUCAGGACAAGCCGGGCUUCGUACCGAGAAUACGCGAUGAAUUCCGUGGCAAUGCUGCCAUCAAGAAAUCCGACGUGAUGCAUAUAGAAUAUCUUUAUCGGCGAGGCCAACGCCAACUCGAACUGCUCAAAGAUGUGAACACUAAACAACUUGGAACAUUCAGCAAGUCUAAAGAGGACGGUUCAUAGCAACAGUAUAAUCAUUACUGUAUUCACACAUGUGUCAAAGAACAAAAGCUGAUAAAUGCACAUUGUUUUCUGGGAAAUCACCUCCAUGGCUCAUCAAUGAGACUUUCUCUCUCCUCAGGGAAACUUGAAGUGUUUUGGGAGUUGAAGCUAAGUAAGAUAAACCCAUUGAAGUUUUAAAUGUUAUUUGUGUACAUUUACUGACAGACCUAUAUUUUUUGGCUGCUAUAUGAGUGUUCUCAUUUUUUGUAGUUUUUCAAGUGACAAGUAUGUCUGCUUAUUUAACUUUUUUUUUUUUUUACUAUAGUGCUCUCCUGUUAAAAUUACGUUACCAGUUGUACUCUGUCUAUGGGUUCACACUGUGGUAAAAUUAUAAGAAAUAUUAUGACGUCAAAAUAAUGUGUAAUAAAGCUUGGGACUUGUCUUAGUGCUUGCACAUGAUUGCUCAUACAUAUAAAAUACAUUAAUGUACACUAAAAAAAGUUGAAAAAGUAAAAGGAAAAAAAAAACAUUA